GGUAACUGUAUUGGUCGUGGUCAAUUUGGCACUGUGUACCGUGCUCUUAAUCUGAACACUGGACAAAUGGUAGCCGUCAAGCGCAUACGACUAGAAGGCCUGAAGGAGGAGGAAGUGAUGACGUUGAUGAGAGAGGUUGACCUGGUUAAGAGCUUGUCACAUCCAAGCAUUGUGAAAUAUGAAGGUAUGGCCCGUGACGACGACACCCUCAAUAUAGUUCUGGAAUACGCCGAGAAUGGCUCGCUUGGGCAAAUCUUGAAGGCAUUCGGUAAAUUGAAUGAGCGCCUUGUAGGAGGUUACGUCGUAAAAAUCUUAGAAGGCCUGCAUUAUCUUCAUACUAGUGAUGUUGUCCACUGCGACCUCAAGGCUGCGAACAUAUUGACGACCAAGAAUGGCAAUGUUAAGCUUUCCGACUUCGGCGUUUCUCUCAAUCUUCGGGCGAUGGAGCGAGAAAUCAAGGAUGUCGCGGGGACUCCUAAUUGGAUGGCACCGGAAGUUAUUGAACUUAAAGGCGCCUCCACAAAGUCCGAUAUCUGGUCGCUAGGCUGUACCGUCAUUGAAUUAUUGACAGGCCGUCCUCCCUACGCUGAAAUUUCGAACAGCAUGUCCGUGAUGUUCCGAAUUGUGGAGGAUGAUAUGCCUCCUGUUCCGGAGGGGUGCUCACCACUGCUUCAAGACUUCUUGACCAAAUGCUUCCGGAAAGACCCCACUCAACGACCCAGCGCCGAAAUGCUUUGCGAGCAUCCAUGGUUGAAGAAUAAUUGGGGGGCACUCAAGGUAUUUGGGUCCUAA